GCUCCCUUUCAUUUCUGGAAGUGCGAUCUACGGAGAGGCUAGAGCUGACAUUGUCUCUUCACCUCACGCGCAGAGAGAGUCAGCGACAGGCAAAAUGCAGCCAGUCACGGACAGGUCGUACACGGACAGCAUGUACGCCGAGAAGGCCAAGCUGGAGAAGAAGGACCAGAGGGACCGCAUCUGCUGCGAGGUGGUCGCCCUGGUGAUCGGCUUCGUCGGGCUGAUCGGCGUGGCGGCCGUGACGGGGCUGCCCAUGUGGAAGGUGACGGCCUUCAUCGGGGAGAACAUCAUCGUCAUGGAGACGCGCUGGGAGGGGCUGUGGAUGAACUGCUUCAGGCAGGCCAACAUCCGCAUGCAGUGCAAGGUGUACGACUCGCUGCUGAUCCUGCCGCCGGACCUGCAGGCCGCGCGCGGGCUCAUGUGCGCCUCGGUGGCGCUCAGCUGCUUCGCCCUGGUAGUGUCGGCCGUGGGCAUGCGCUGCACCAAGAUGGUGGACCACCGCGCCCGCACCAAGCACGUCGUCCUGGUGGUGGGCGGCUGCCUCUUCCUCCUGGCCUGCGUCACCACCAUCAUCCCCGUCUCCUGGACGGGCAACGUGAUCAUCCGCGACUUCUACAACCCGCUGCUGAUCGACGCGCAGCGCCGGGAGCUGGGGGAGGCGCUCUACAUCGGCUGGGUGACGUCCGCCCUGCUCUUCACCGCCGGGAUGAUCCUGGUGUGCCGCCACGCGCCGCGCACGAACGACGAGGAGCCGGUGGUGACCGGGGGGGCGUACGCGCCCUACACCUACCAGCCCGGCUACACCUACAACCCCGGAUACACCUACCAGCCGUCCUACACCUACCAGCCAGCUUACACGUACCAGCCAGCCUACUCUACUGCCCCCCCCCAGGGGUCUGUCAUAUACAGCCCAAGCCAGUACAUGUGAGUGCACUCGAACCCCCAAACCUCACCUACCCCCAUCGCCGCCACCAUCGCCUGAUUUCUGAAUUUCCCGUGAGGUGAGAACACACAUCUUCGGAUGAAAGACUGAAUUCAAAGAAACUGCUCUUGAGCCGGUUUGUCGGAUAGACCUUCUCUUGUUUUGAGUUUUUUUUAGUUUUUUUGUUUUUUAACAGGAACUAAAGCAAAGUAAGUCAGAAGGUCUAUAUGAAAGUAGGAAAUGGAGAGGUGGGCGGUGUUUGUACGCUGUUGCAAUUUGUUUUUGUAUUGAUUGAGUGUUGUUGUUUUUUUUGUUCAUGUUGUUGUUAGGACUGCUGACGAGGAAAAAUUGUUCAGCUUUGACAAAAUGUAAAAAAUGCGUUAAACUGCUUUAAAUGACGUUAAAUUUGAAUUUGAAAUCAAAAAAUGAAAUCAAAUUUUGAUUUCAGAUAUACAAUGUAUUAAAUAUAUACAAUAAUGCAAUAAUAUACAUUUAACAAUAAAUGUAAUUCAUGUUCGCGAUUAAAUUGCACAUUAUGCACAGCAAUAUGGUAUAAGUUCAUAUGUAAAUAUUACCUUAUAUCCAAUUGUUUACAAAAUAGGAACAUUUUUCCUUUUUUUUCGAAACUACUGGAUUCAUCACACAUCAGACACAUUAGCCUUUACUUUCCCAGUUAAAUAUAAUGUUCUGUUCUGUUCUAAGAUGUGAUAUAUAUAUAUAUAUAUAUAUGGAAAAUAAACUACGAGAAUAUGUCAAGAUAAAUCUAAUGCCAAACGUCGACCUGUUUGUUAAUUCUAUGUUUGUAUGCACUGUAUAGGAUGCACAAAUGCAUUCUAAAUGUCCAUUUGAGUGUUCAUGUUGAACACGUUUAAAUCUUUUAUUGACCAUUUAUUUGAAUCAUUUCCUGAGUUUCUUUUUUAUUACUCCAAACAAAUAAAUGUUUGAAUAAGG